AUGAUGGACAAGGGUUCAUCCCAGGAAGCAGCAGAAAAACCAGAACAACCACAACAACAACCGCCAAUGCAGCCAGCCUCCACUAUCAAUGCGCCUCCUGCCAGGAAGCCAAGGAGACGGAAGAAGGGACAAUCUCAGUCUCCUCCCACCAAAGACAUGAUACCCCUGAGUCCCAACUUUCAGCCAGGGAAAUUAGAUGUUAUCUGCAGCCGGGGGAAGUUUGCAUACAAUUCACCAGGAAACUGCUGGUUCCGAUGCAUGGUAGAAGAGCAAAUGGAUAACUAUUCCAACGCCAAGACCAAGACGGACAAAUCCUUAGUAGUAUCCAUAUUGGUCAAUCGAGUACGACAUGCCGCACCAGAAGGAGGCUUUGUCAAGAACGUGGGAGGAAGAUGGUAUCGGGUAUCUGACAGAUAUUCCAGAGAAAAAGUGGGGCAGCAAUUUCGGGAUCUGCUUCAUUUGAAAUACAAGUCCAGCACCAAAGCCAAGGCAGAAAAGAGGAAACGAGCGCAAGAUAUUGGCAACGGAGAGCACCCAGAACUGGAGCGUUCUGGGUCCAGUUUCGACGGGGGCAACACGGACAGUUUCAAUAGCCGAGAUCGAGUCCCCAGCGCUGCUAGCACGGCCUACAACACGGACAGUUACAACAGCCGAGACAGACUGGACAGUUACAACAGCCGAGAUCGACUCAACAGCGCCAGCAACACGGAUAGCUAUAACAGUCGGGAUCGGUUGGACAGCCACACCAGCCGAGACAGAAUGAGCGCUGCCACGGAUAGCCACACCAGCCGAGACAGAAUGAGCGCCGCCACGGAUAGCUACACCAGCCGUGAUAGAAUGAGCGCCGCCACGGAUAGCUACAACAGUCGGGAUCGACUGGACAGUCACAACAGCCGAGACAGACUCAGCGCCGCCAGCAGCAGCACUUAUGGCACGCCACAGCCAUCCCCCGCAUCUUCCACCUACAUGUCACCUGCUCACUACGGCUUGGAUGAUCAAAAGAUGCCCGCGCUCGAGUUGAGCUCCGGCGGCACUACCAAGAAAGCUGCAUUGGAGUCUUUCAAGCUGGAGCCGAGAUCUCCCCCCAAGCAGGCGCGUUUAGCGGGAUCGGCGACAGUGGCAGCAGCGGCGGCAAAGUUAUCACCGCCAGAUGAAGAGGACGACGUGAAGAAACUCGAUGCUGUGGACGUGAACAUGGAACUAGAGUCGCUGGGCGACUUUGAACCGCUUCCCAUGCUCGGAUCCGGCAAUGAUCCGACCAACAACAUGAACUUUACGUUUGCUAGCGCCGAUGAUCUUCAUCAAUCCUUCCCUACAAUCUUCAAUCCUCCGGACUUUCAUCAGUCAAUGCCGGAUAACCUCGGUGGCGGUGGAGCGGAUGAUGGUUCAAACAACAGUGGCAAGAGAAACAGCAAUAGCAACGAGAGCAAUGGUGCCAAUGAUCCUUUCUUUACACCUUGGCACAUGUCCAUUUGA